CUUUUUCCAUUUGUCUAAGAGUGACGAUCGAUUGAUUUUCAUGGAAGUCAACAUAUACGGAUGCAAAGUACUCGUAGUAAUUAUGACCCACUAAUGGGCUGGCAGAUGGCUAAGCUAUAUUUGAAGGGUUUGGAUAAAUUUGUCGUUAUUUGAAGCGUGAUUGAGUCUAGUCUAGGGUUUUGUAAUUGAUGGCGUCAGGUGGGUGCAUUUAUUCGAUCCAAGUAAAUACAUGGCUCUGAAAUUUGGGGGUUAGGGUUAGGGUUCGAGCUCGAGCAAUAAUCUACAGUCUCGAAUCAGCUUUAAUUUGUUUUUUCCACGUUCUUCUUGCUGUUCUUUAAUCGCGAUCAUAAUACCGAUCACCAAUGGCAUACACACACACUCUACAUCAGACUCGAUCCUCCCGUCGACGCCAUGUGCAUAGCCGCGUUCCUAUGGAAGUCUCAUCCACGCUAUCCUUUCGUCCUCCUCCUUAACCGAGACGAACACUACAAUCGGCCUACGACGGCGUUGGCGUGGUGGGAGAACGGCGAAAUUCUGGGCGGAAAGGACGGCCUCGCCGGCGGAACCUGGCUGGCCUGCAACCGCACCGGAAAGCUUGCUUUUCUUACCAAUGUCAGGGAAAAAGCGACUUUACCGGCCAGAAAUAGCAGAGGGGAUCUCCCUGUUCGCUUCUUAAAGAGUGAGAAGAGUCCCAAGGAAUUUGGUGAGGAGCUUGUGGGGCAAGUAGAGGAAUACAAUGGAUUCAAUCUCGUCGCAGCUGAUCUUCGCGCGAUGACAAUAGUUUACAUAACCAACAGGCCGAAAGAUAAUGGUCUGUCAGUAACAGAAGUUUCUCCAGGCAUUCAUGUCUUGUCAAAUGCAAAGCUGGACACGCCGUGGCCUAAGGCUCUAAGACUGCGGCGCAGUUUUGAAGAUGUUAUAGGAAAAUGCUUUGAAGGUGAAAUAUCAGUAAAAGAUAUGACUGAAGGCAUAAUGAAGGACACUAAUAAGGAUGAUGAAUGUGAGUUACCAGGCAUCCUUUCACCGGAUUACGAAUACGCUGCAAGUGCCAUUUUUGUGGAAGCAAAUCUACCUUCGGGACCAUACGGAACAGUAAGCACUUCUGCAGUGACUAUGAAGUAUGGUGGGGAAAUAUGCUUUUAUGAAAGGAGUUUGGAGAAAGACCUGUGGCGCGAGCAGACAAUUAGCUAUCGGAUUGAAACAGAGAAAAUUGCAUCACGACCCAUUCGUGGUUAAAUGAAUCCAAUGGCAACCGAAAUGAUUAAUAUGUGUUUGAUUAAUCUAUUCUGAAGUAAAACAAAUCAACUCUAUAUUUGUGGAUAGCAUUAAUAAUCUCUUAAUGCUUGUGACAUACAGUUUCACAUUCAUUUAGCAAUCAAUUUAUAGUUUGCAUAUGUAGUCAUAAUUUAUCAUCAUUAUCCUCAAUGACAUGUUCAAAAAAUACAUCUUAACAAAAAUUUCAAUAGUGGACAAACCAGCUGCUGUUCUAAGUAUGAUCUUGACAUCUAGUCUGCCAAAAAUCACCUCAGCAAAACUAUUUUCAACCUACCAACAGAAUUAA